UCCAUAUGUAUACAACAUUUUUGUUCACCCCGCUAGAUUUGAGAGACAAAAAUGUCUAAGCUGAUUUCAAACCUUUAUCUCUUCCUUUACAAUUCUCUUCAAGCAUACGGAUGGGCGAUUGCAUUGGUGAAUAUUUUGAGCAAUCUGGUCUCCACCAAAUCACUCACUGGUGCUUAUGCUUCUGCUGGCGAACUUAUUUGUCUGUUGCAAACUCUUGCAGUCUUGGAAACUAUCCAUGGAGCAAUUGGGAUAGUUCCAAGUGGGGUACUAAUGCCACUAAUGCAAUGGGGAGGAAGGACUCAUGUCGUUAUCGCAGUUGCUCGUGGCAUUAAAGAGGUACAGGAGUUUACAGCGAUUUUCAUAAUGUUUACUGCUUGGUGUUCAAUUGAGGUUAUAAGAUACUCAAAUUAUGCUUUGAAUUGCUUCAAUAUGUCUCCAUAUAUCCUCACCUAUCUCAGGUAUACCGUGUUCAUUGUCUUAUUUCCUAUAGGAUUUCUCAGUGAAAUGUGGCUCAUGUAUGAAGCACUCCCGUUUAUAAAGAAGAAGAACAUGUAUGGGAAAUCGUUUGCUGCUCUCCCUUUUAGCUAUUCAGAUUUUGUCACGGUUUUGCUUUGCGUGUACCCAUUUCUGUGGCUGAAACUUUACCUGCAUAUGUUCAAGCAGCGACGAUCAAAAUUGGGCAAACGACACAAGAAGAAGAGAAACUGAAUGUUCUUACCCAAAAUUGAACUAAUAAGUUGCCCCUUUGAGACAUGAAAGAAGAGAACAAACAUUGGUUGCGGCAGCUAGAGCCACCUGCCAGCUUGUUAUGUCAGUAUAUUUCCCUUGUAUAUUCUAAAACAUAUCUCAAUAGGAGUAUCUGAUUAUGUGUAACCUCUACCCGUAGUAUUCCAUGGUCUAACUGAUUGGUUCUAUAAUAUAAUCUACAUGUACUCAUUUUUUGUGGGCAUGCUAUGCUUAAAAAUCUGGCUUCCCAUUCAAUAAGCUUUCUGUUGAUCAGUUGUUAUCUUU